AUGCGAACCUCAAUACUGUCACCUGUCGUCUUCGCGACAUCUUUCCUUUCUUUAUUCUCGGACGCGUCUGCCAUCCGCUUAAUUGAAUCCAAAUCCCUUAACUCCUGCCAGUCUAAUUCCAGCUUCACUGCAAGUUUAUUCAAUGUCGUAUUCACACCAGAUAACAGAACACUCACAUUCGAUAUCGUCGGUGUCUCCUCAAUUCAAGGCAAUGUUACAUUUGGAAUCGAGGUCGCCGCCUACGGGUUGUCCGUCGUCAACAAAAUCCUCGACCCUUGCAGCAUAAAGGACAUGACUGGAAUGUGCCCGAUGGCCACGGGACAACUCGAUAUCAAUUCCAACAUCCAACUUGAGCAAAGUGUCAUCAACCAGAUUCCCGGUAUUGCUUAUGGUGUACCAGAUCUAGAUGCCAAUGUCAAGAUUCACAUCAACUCCACCGCCAACCCACUCGUCAGUCUUGCAUGCGUAGAAGCCAAUUUGUCCAAUGGCCAAACCGUCGACCAAAAGGGUGUGGGAUGGACAACUGCUGUGAUUGCAGGUUUGGCAUUGGUAGCAUCGGCCGUUACAUCUGGUCUCGGCCACUCUAACACUGCUGCCCACGUUGCUGCUAAUGCUCUUUCUCUCUUUGCGUAUUUCCAGGCACAGGCAAUCAUUGGAAUGACAGCUGUCUCUCUCCCACCAAUUGUUCAAUCCUGGACCCAGAACUUUGAUUGGACUAUGGGUAUCAUCGAGGUUGAUUUCAUGCAAAAGAUCGCAACUUGGUAUCAGAAGUCUACUGGAGGAACACCAGACACCCUUCUCAACACGCUUACCACAACUUCGGUUCAGGUUGAAAAACGUUCCGUUGGACAACUGGCUAAGAGAACCAUGGACCAGACAAUUACCUUGCUCACCCGUGCUCACGAGCUCCACACUCGUAGCAACAAUGCAGGUACCGAAACUGUAACGGGAACUUACAUCGUCAGAGGUAUCAAACGUGUUGCAUUCAGGGCUAACAUUGAGGCCUCCAACAUCUUCUUAACUGGUCUCGCCUUUUACUCCAUUUUUAUCGUUUUUACUAUCAUCUUCGUGGCCAUGUUCAAGGGGUUUUGCGAAGUUGCGGUUAAGGCGAGAUGGAUGAAAUCUGAUAAGUUCCAAGAUUUCCGAAACGGAUGGUUCACAGUUCUCAAGGGCAUCAUGUUCCGUAUGGUUUUGAUUGGUUAUCCGCAAAUGACCAUUCUCUGCUUGUGGGAAUUCACAGAGGUUGACUCUCCAGCUGAGGUCGUUCUCGCGAUUUUCUUCUUUUUUGGAAUGACUGGAACUCUUGCAUGGGCCGCCAUGAAGGUUAUCAGAAUUGCAAAGCGAUCAGUCGAGAUGCACAAGAACCCUGCAUAUAUCUUGUAUUCUGACCCUGCAGCACUCAACAAAUGGGGGUUCCUCUAUGUCCAAUUCAGAGCCACCGCCUACUACUUUAUCCUCCCAUUUUUGGUUUACAUUCUCAUCAAGGGAAUGUUCAUUGCAUUUGGACAGAACGCCGGAACGGUUCAGGCUAUUGCACUUCUCCUCAUUGAAGCUGCUGCUUUGAUUGGUGCCAGUGUUAUUCGACCAUGGAUGGACAAGAGCACCAAUAGUUUCAACAUCGCCAUUUGUGCAAUCAACUUUAUCAAUACCAUAUUCCUUUUGGUAUUUACCGAGGUUUUCAACCAGCCUGGCAUAGUUACUGGCAUCAUGGGUGUCAUCUUCUUCAUCCUCAACGCAGCCUUUUCCUUGGUCCUCCUCAUUCUCGUCUUGAUCGCUACCGUCUAUGCAUUCAUCCGAAAGAACCCAGACACCCGAUACCAGCCAAUGAGCGAUGACCGUGCCUCUUUCGUUAAGUCGCAAACUCAGCUUACUACCGAGUUGGACGCCCUUGGAGCAACUGCCCGCGGAGACGGCAAAGGAGGUUACAAGCACAACCUGGACUUGGAUGACGACAACGAUUCAUGGUCUUCGGACUCGAUGAGAAACCCAGCAAAUAUGCCACUCCCACCAUCUACAGCGAACUCUGGCGCAAAUUACAGAGAACCUCCUCAUUCUCCCAUUGAUCCGUCAGUACCACUUUUCCCUGCCGGUGCCAGAGGAACACCUCCCAUCUACCAGGAUAGAUCGGCCAAUGGCUCACCAGCGCCGCUGGCAGCCCCAUAUCGGGAAAAUAAUUCAAAUUCUAACUUGUCUCAAAAUUUUAGAGCGGCGAACAGUGCUAGUCCGGCAAGUUUCCAAACCCAAAACCGAGGCCAGAAUAAUGCUAGGUUAGUCCCUCAUUCUCGAGAUUCAAAAAAGAAUAAAUCUAACAUUUUCAUAGUCCAUGGCAAAGGGGAGCUGGUUAUGACCAUUAAUGAAAGGACUUAAUAGGCGUUGUGCACUGUCGGGAUAUUGACCCUCGACAGAUAUUUGGGACUGGUGUUAUUUGUUUUACUCUGCAUCUCCCUCGCAGCGGUGUCGUCGAGACUCGGCAGCUGGCUGUGCGCGGAACGAGGUGUCUUAUUCUUUCCUUUUUUCUAUUGUUGCAUCGGACAGGCGAUUUGUUUGGAUUAAUUCCUGUACAAAGAAAACGAAGAAGGAAAGCGAGGGGGUAAAGAAACGGUCUUGACAUGAAGGUUAUUUUUUUGUCUCUACCGGAAAAUUAAACAAUACAGACAUUGACUCGGACAGAACAUCGGUUUUUGGGGGGGGGGUCCCGGUCAUGCCAGGGGUAGUAAAGAGAAAGCGUUGGACGUACAUGAAUUCGACUUUCGUCUUUUUCUUCGCUGUGUUGGGGGUGGAAUGGAUACGAAGGGUAUUUUGGGGGUUGUAUGAUACUUUUAUAGAUGGAGGUGGAGUGAGUAGCGUGGUUAGGGAUUUUUAUUUAACUCUGUCGUGUUUUUUUUGUUUUUUUUUUGGUUGUUGAUUGAUAUAAUGGCUCCCUCUCUCCGUCUUAG